AUGCUCCCAAGGCUGAACCACCAGGAUCUACCGGAUACAAAACAUAUCAAGAUCUUGAUUGAGCAAUACUUUCAAAACAUUCAUCCGAUCCGAUGUUUCUCUUUUAUUCACAAACCGACUUUCAUGCAGAAACUGGACGACAAGAAUGCGUCUGCUUGGCAAGGUAAUGCCUUGUUACAUAUUAUGUGCACACUGGGAGCUCAAUUCUUCGCCCUCAACUACAGCGAUACUGUUCAGCAGCUUCCUUCGACUUUCAUCCUGAAGGUUGGUUCUAAAUGGGCGAGCACCGCGGAACGCUUACUUCUUGGGAAUACAAACCAUAUUUCUAUCAAUGGCUUGAUGACCGCCCAAUUGCUUUACGACUAUGCCCUUCGCAUGGCUAACUUUACCCAAGCCUUUGUGUUCAGUGCCCUAAUGGCUCGGAUGACUCAGGCUCUACAACUCAAUCUCGAAUAUUCUCCUGAUCUCCUGGAUCAGUCACCAAACACCCUAUCAGCCACAGCUCGUGAGUCUCGAAGACGAUUAAUGUGGAGUUGUUAUGUCACAGAUGUGCUUUGUAGCAAUGGAGUGGAGCAACUAACAUUGAUCUUUGAGAAAAAUAUCAAGAUUCAGUUGCCAUGCAAUGAGCGAAACUUUCUCCACGAGAGGCCCUCAAUUACCAGGACACUCAACGGCUCACCUCUAGAGUUUAUCCCUCCGGACCAGCUACCAGCGGACAUUGAUAAUAACAUGGGAAUACUGGCCUAUCUCAUUCAACAGCUUGAAAUCAGAAGGAGGGUCCUAUGGUAUAUCAAGCAUCUGGAUAUCGCCAAGUCACCAUGGCUUCCCGACUCAGAAUUCGCACAUUUAGACCGGGAAUUACAGACUUGGUAUUCAUCUCUCCCUCCCAGUCUUCAGUUCACAACUUCCAAUAUCUAUAUACGCAAGGAGUCCUCGCAGCUUGGGACACUUUGUUUCUUUCACUGUGCCUAUCAUCAGACCAUGCUGGACUUUUAUCGAAUCGGAACCCCAGAAAUGUUCAAGCUCCGGUCACCCUUCAAUUUCCCUCCUGAAACACACGGCUUUCAGAGACAUCUGCAACACGCACUAUUUAAGGAAGCACGGACUUUGGCUGCAAUAAUUGCAGAAGCGGCACAGCAUGGUCCCAGAAUGAUUGGGGAUACAUGGUUACCUACCAUCGCCUACGAGAGUAAUCGUGUAAUGCUGUUCUAUUUGACUCAAGUGACUGAUCCUUUGGGCAUCAACAAACGGAAUCUUGUACUCAGCACGAUCCCAUAUCUGCAGAGCAAUUUGAAGGCUUUGAAAACAAUGUGUGCAACCAAUAAAAUGGCUGAAAGUCUUUAUCGUGGGGCUGAAAGCAUGCUACAAAAGUUAGGUGUAAACUCUAACAUCAUCUUGCCGCUACCCAAUGUCAUCCUAGAUGAUCCAUGCCUGGCCUUCCCGAACAGGGAGUCAGAAGUGGAGCCUCAAAGAGCAGCAGAUUCAGAUCUUCAUCCCCUUUCAAUUUUCCGCAUGGCUCGCAAAGAGAUUCCCGAGGGUCACCUUCCCGUAAUACCGGUGCAUAGUCGUUCACUAGAUACUACAGACGCGAGCGUACUACCAAUCAUGGAGCAAGCACCACGGAUGGAUGGGACCUUUGAGGAAUUUGGUCACAAUCUGGACAUGUUCUUUAUGCCUGACUUAGCGCGAGACUGGCAAGUUGCAGAAAUGCUCCUUGAAUCUGGAACCGAUGGCGGUGGGCCAAUGUCAUGGACAGGGAUGUCACAAAUGGGGGGAUAUCCAUGA